GUCAUUAGUCCUAGGGGUAUUGUGGAGGAUGUGCUAGUACGAGUGGGAAAAUUUUGCAAUCCGACGGAUUUUGUGAUACUUGAUAUAAGUGAAGAUUCGAAAAUGCCACUCAUACUAGGAUGCCCCUUCCUUACCACCGCCAAGGCGUUAAUUGAUGUAAAUGAGGGAACUUUGAUUGUGAUGGGCGGUGAGGAGAGAAUUACUCUUGGAAUUGAACCUAAGCCUAGAAGUGAGGAUGUGAAGAAAGUGGAAUCAAAUUAUAAGAAUGCAAGUGGAGGAGAACCUCUCAAGGUACACCCCACUAUUACUGUUAUUCCUCGUGGUGAUGUGAAGCAGGAAAGCAAGGAGGGUAUCAUGCCCAAAGAAGGAAGGAAGAGAACUUGGAGGGAAAGGAUGAAUCACGCAAAUGCCCGGAGGAAGGAAAAGGGAAAAGCGAAAAUCAUCGGCCAAGAAGGACAUCCCAUUGAGCUUAGGUUGGGAGGCAACAUCCCUCGCCCCGAGAUCGUGGUGGAUCCACUCUCAUUGGUGUCACGUUCAAAGGUGUGAUAUAUCCGCAACUGUCAAGCUAAUGACAAUAACUUAGCGCUUGUUGGGAGGCAACCCAACAUAGGUUUGUUUUCUUUUCCUUAUUUUUGUUUUUGUAUCAAGUGAAAAGUUCAAGUGUUCGAGUGGUAUCGCCGUGUCAGGUCAUUAUGAUUGGGUGUUUUGAGUUGUGUUGUGAUCGAUAGUAGGCACGGUGGAGUAGGUCGAGUCGAAAUCUUCCGAAAAUGCCCUGUUUUCACUACAGUUCACGGUCUUAAUUGACCGUGAACUGCCAAACACUUCCGUGAACCACGGUGCUUCCACGUGUUGUGAAACCCACCGUUUCACCCCAGUUCGUGGUCCGCGAGCUAUGUUCACGGUCUUAACGACUAUGAGCUGGCAAACACGUCCGUGAAUUUCGCGGUCUGCCUAUAAAAGGGCAGUGAACGCCUUCUCUUCAUUUCACGACCCAAAUUCAUCGGAAUACUUUCAAAUUCGCCGGAAAACUCCGAUUUUCUGAUGAAUUUUGCCAUUUUUGUCAACUUUCGGUGAUCCAAAUCCAAAACCAAUCACAUACCCAAUCUUCCCUUGUCAAGGACAGCCUUUACUGCGAUUUUGGGGAGAUUUUGAGCUGAUUUUUUUUGUGGCCACCACCGGCGAGCCUCCGACGAGUCCCCGGUGAGCUUCCGACAAAGCUCCGGUGACAUCUCUCAAGCCUGUUUUUGUGCAAAUUUUCGUCUCCCUCGCCCUAUCCUCACUUCCCCUACGAUCCUACUUGAGUCUCUAGGUUUGUUUUGAACUUUACCUUUGUUAAUUGUGGAGAAUCGGAUUAGGUAGUGAAGUGAGGAUAAUUUAGUGAAUUGAAUUUUGAACUUAGAAAUAAGAAAAUUGUUUUCAAAUGUGAAAUUUGCCCACCAAGUGAAGAAAUUAUGAAUGAAUGUGGAAUUUCUAU